CGAACGUAGAGAGACGCAGGCAUACAGCGCAAGGAGGGAGUUGAGGCCCAAUCCAGCGGGCUGAGACAUACAAGUGUCGCGGGAGAUUAGUAUUCAAUCCGUCAGUCCCGAAGCUGUCACUUACGGUGUGAGCGGUGUCGUCUAGUUGGUGUGUGCGUGUUAGCGAGAACCCACGCGGGCGGAAGUCCUUCUGUCUUGAUCUCGGUAGCGGUGCGUACGGGGGCCUCGGGCCGGGAGUGACCCGAGGAGCAAUCGGGGGAUCGCGCUGAUGGCAGCGGCGGGAGGCGGAGGAGCCGGGCCUGGGGGCAAGAUCCGGAGCCGGAGAUACCACCUUAGUUCUGGGAGAGCUCCCUAUAGCAAGAACCGGUUGCAAGGGCAGCAGGGCAUCAUCAGCCGUGUGACAGAUACUGUGAAGAGUAUUGUACCUGGGUGGCUGCAGAAUUAUUUUAAUAAAAAUGAAACCUCUGAUGGAGUUCAGAAAACCAGUGUAUCUGUGGUGGAGAAUGCGGGCAAUAAAAACAGUGACAUCCAUCAUCACAUAUAUAUAGAUGAUGAUGGAUCCCCAGCUACUAAUGAUGGCAGAAUCACCCCUGAACCAGUAAUCAAUCUAGCAGACGAAGAUGGCAUGCACAGUGUGGUCAAAUCUGGAAAAAUGGGUGACUGUCGCAUUUUAGAGCCUCUACCUCACCCAAGUGCUGAAAUGAGUGAGCCUGACUCUCAAGAUGAGGAGUCUCAGUCAAGCCUACAUUCUGCAACUGCCUCACAACACUAUAUUACCGAAUCAUCACUCAGGAAACUCUUGGCCACUCAGACCAGGUCCAUUACCCAAGAAAUCCAGCGCAGCUCUGCCGAGCUAAAGGAGAUUUCUGAAAUUGGCGACAGGGUGGACGCACUGGAGCGCAAGCAGGAUGAUCAAGCGGAAGACCAAUCCAAUAUUUUGGCCUAUGCCGAAAGUCUAGCGGAGCAGAUUUCGCAACUGGAAUCUAAACUGGCUGAUAUGGAGGACAGAUCGCGAUGGUGCAAUAUAACAUUCAGGGGAGUACCAGAGUCUGUAUCUACAGCAGACAUACAAGGCUAUGUUCAAGGUCUCUUUCAAGAACUUAUUGGCGCCCCUGAUGGCCUCACUAGUACAAUGGAGAGGGCUCACAGGCCCCUACGUCCUAGGACAGUUAGUUCUGACAAGCCAAGAGACAUCAUAGUGUGUUUCCACAGCUUCUUAUAUAAGGAUAGUUUACUUCAAGCUGCUUACAAAAAAACAAAUCUUAGCGGCAGAUUUGAGGGAGUCCAGCUACUACCUGACUUGUCUGCUCACACCCUCCAACAACGUCUGCAUUUUCAACCAAUUACCACUGCUCUGCGUAAAGCCAACAUCAGAUAUCGAUGGGGAUUCCCCACCAGGUUCAUAGUAACCAAGGAUAACCAGACUAUAACUAUCUCCACACCCUCUCAGGGUCUGACUCUUCUUACCACCUGGGGUUUAUUGAUGGACCCUCUGAAUAAUCAAGCUCAACCGGUGCUGAGAGCCUCAGCUCCUGAAUGGACAGCAAAGGAUCAGAGGGAUGCCAAGAGGAUUCCAUCAGUCUCCUCCUCUCCUCUGUCUUUUACCCCAGAAAAAAGCUUCUCAGAUGUUGAAGAAAAUCCAUCUAAAAGGAAAAAGGUGGAUUCAGCGUAUCCUCCUGUAAAGAAACUUAUGACGCCAAAAUCCAUUGCAAUCUCCACAAACCGGUCCUUCUACAUCAAGCCUUCACUGACCCCUUCUGCUGUGGCAAACACAACCAGUCGUAGAAUUCAAACUGAAAAGCACAGAGAACCCAGAAGAAAUCAUGACCCAGACCAGCCCCUUGUACCACAAUCAGAAAGUAAUUUUUCCUAUCCAAAGUUCAGCACUCCCGCAUCUAAUGGAUUGUCCCCCGGAGGAGGAGGGAAAAUGAUGAGGGGAAGGGGUUCUCAUUAUACUACAAAGUUGGCAGAUGAGGAGACAGAAGUACCGACUCUUCCUGAAGUACCAUUACCAUUAAGCACGGCUGCACUUCCCAGUUUUAAUUUCUCUACUUUGAGUAGUACUACUACUACUUCACUACCAGUAACUGUUAGUAAACCUGCAGAUAGCAAGGUGCAAACAGAUGUAGUUAAUAAGAACCCCAUGUUCACAUUUUCAUCUCCUAUUGUGAAAUCAACUGAAUCCAAUGCACAAUCACCUGGGUCUUCUGUUGGUUUCACUUUUAGUGUACCAUCUGUGAAAUCAUCCUCACCGCCUAUAACUGUAAACAAUACAAUGUUUGCAAUUGGUAGUCCAGCCAAAACUACAAUUGCAUUGAAUAAUGGUAGUGCAAAGAAGGAAGAGGAAAAGGGAGGUUUUUGCAAACCAGCAAAAGAAUUGAAAGAAGGAAGUGUGAUGGAUAUUCUGAGGGGCCCUGGCUUUUCGUCUCCAUCAUCCUCACAGACUGCAUCUCCUACUGUUUCUAAAAGUACUGCACCUCUUACAAAGCCUACAGUGAGCACUUUCUCUAUUGGCAAGGUUGCAUUUGGAGAAGGUAACAAACAAGCUUUGGGACUUUGGCAAUGCAACACUUGUCUUGUUGAGAACAAGGCAUCUGAUGGUAAAUGUGUUGCCUGCUCUGCUUUGAAAGAGCAGCCCGCAGGAGCUCUAAAAUCACAAACUACAUCAACAUUGCUCAGCAACACUAAAAACUCGGAUGUGACAAGCACACAAGGUUUUGGAGAUAUAUUUAAAGUGGCACCAGGAACAUGGGAGUGUGAAACUUGUUUAGUCCAGAACAAACCAGAAGUGAUAAAAUGUGUUGCUUGUGAAACUCCAAAACCUGGGGCUGGAGUUAAACCUGCAUUGUUGUUAACCCCUUCUACACAGGCUGUUAAGGCUAUUACCACUUCGGACAAGACCCUUGCAAAUGCCCCUUGCAGCCUUUUUGAAGCUUUUAAAAAGCCAGAGGGUUCUUGGGAAUGUUCAGUAUGCUGUGUGCAGAAUAAAGAACAGGAUUCCAAAUGUGUGGCGUGCACUUCUGAAAAACCAGGUUCCUCCUCUUCUGUGAAGACUGCAACCUUGGUUUCAUUCACACCCACUUGCUCAAAUCAGUUGGGAUUGACAGAUGUCUUUAAGAGACCUGAAGGAAGCUGGGACUGUGAUGUCUGUUUAAUACAAAACAAACCUGAAGCCACAAAGUGUGUAGCCUGUGAGAAUAACAAGCCAGGCACUAAAGCUGAGCUUAAAGAUACAGAAGCUUCAAAGCAGACCUUCGGCUUAAUAGGCAGUGGUUCUAGUGCAACUCAAUCAGGUGCUUCGGCAAGCUCCAGUAAUGCUUUUGGCAGUACAGUACCAACAGGUGCUUCUGCAAGUACCAGCAGUUUGUUUGGCAUUGCAGCUCAGUCUUCUACCCCUUCAGGGUCCUCUGGCCUCUUUGGAAGUACAACUCAGUCGACCACUUCUGUAAGCACCAGUGGUGUAUUUGGCAGUAUAGUACCUACAAGUGCUCCUGUAAGCACCAGCAGUGUGUUUGGCAUUACAGCUCAGUCAAGUACUUCUGCAGGCUCCAGUGGUUUGUUUGGCAGUGUGGUACAAUCGAGUGCUUCUGCAGGCUCUGGCAGUGUGUUUGGCACUGCUGCCUCUUCAAGUACUCCUGCAGGAUCCAGCAGUGUGUUUGGCAAUUCUGCCUCUUCGAUCACCCCAGCAGGCUCCAGCAGUGUAUUUGGCAAUGCUGCCUCUUCAAGCACCCCUGCAGGUUCUACUAGUGUGUUUGGCAGUGGUGCCCCUUCAAAUGCCCCUGCAGGCUCCAGCAGUGUGUUUGGUAGUGCUGCCACUUCAACCACUCCAGCCAAUUCAAACAGUGUAUUUGGCAGUGCAACUCCAAUUACUACAAGUUCAAGUAGCAUUUUUGGUGCAGCCCCAACAAGUACUUCAGCAAACUCAAGCAGCAUAUUUGGUAAUUCAACGACAACCUCCAACACCCUUGCUGGGACUUUUAUGUUUGGACAACCUAGUAGCACUGCUGGUGGCUCUGUGUUUGGCAGCACCACUGAAUCAAAGUCAAGUUUUGUCUUCUCUGGUCAAGAGAGUAAACCAGCGACUACCUCCACAAGCACACCUGUUGCCAGCCCUUUCCAAUUUGGAGCAAAUCCUGGAGCUACUAACCCAGUACAAGGGUUUAACUUUGGAGGUGCAAACGCAUCAAAUGUAUCAGGCUCUGCUUCUACUCCUUCUCCAUUUGUGUUUGGUGCCAGUUCUUCAGCCCCAGCUCCAUCUGCGCUGGCUGUUAGUGCAAAUACAGUGCCAGCAUUUGGGCAGAGUGCAAGCCAGACUAAUGUACCUGCUUUUGGCUCUUCUUCAACUUUAUUUCCUUCUGGUUCUCAGAAUGUUCCAGCGUUUGGUUCUGUAUCAAGCACUUCUCAGCCCCCAGCAUUUGGUCAGCAAGCUACCCAACCCUCGUUUGGAUCCAGUCCAGCACCUGCCCCUGGUUCUGGUUUCCAGUUUGGAGGCAACACAAACUUCAAUUUUGCCAGUGGAGCUUCCUCAGGAGUCUUUACUUUUGGUUCCAGCUCAGCUGGAGCCUCAACGCAACCUGCACAGUCAGGUUUUAUGUUUAACCAGACGCCAACAUUCAAUUUGGGAACAAAUGGGAGAAAUGCCGCUCCUCCUCCUCCUUCAAUUGCCACUAGGAAGAUAAAGACUGCAAGAAGGAGAAAAUAAAUUCACACGCCGCAGUUUGGUUCUUAAAACAAAUGGUGUCUUGCAUUGUGCGAAUACUGGAGUGUACCUCAUACGGUCUUUAGUGGAAGUCGGAUCUGUCCAAGGACUUAACAUGCUGAAAAUAUUUCUCUUUCCUUAGCAAUUAAACUUUGGUGAUUGGAAAGUUCUCAAGCAAAAUAGCUGAUUCCUUCAUUAACUGACUUGGCAUGAUCUGGCUAUACAAGUGAAUAUAGCCUGCUCAGCGAAUGGCUCUUGUAUAAUAACUCAUCUGCACCACUAUUUUACCGACGCUUCAAAACUGUAAUUAUCAAUGAGGGAUUGUGUAUAGUGUAGAGAAUGAAAAUGAGUGACUUCUAUGCUGCGUUUGUGCUGGUGUGUGUGAAGUUGAGCGUUCACCAAGAAUUUUCUGAUAGCAGAAAAUUGGUUAAAGGAUGGCUGUUCUGGACUUGGUAGGUCUGUAGUUCUACAUUUAAUAAAUAUAUGCUGUUUUUUCUAUUUUUUCAUUCUACUUUACUCUUGCCUUUAUUUUUCUUGCUUUCCUUAUUUUAUGAUAUAUAUGUAAAUAUAAUUUUUCUCUGCGUAUCUUUCGGCAUAACCCAAAUCUGUGAACUUGAAAUUUUAAUUUUGUUUGUGUUACAGCAAAUAUUUUUGUUUAGAAUUGUCUCAGAUUUUAUUAUGUAAAUCUCAUUAUUCAAAGUUGCCUAAUUCCAUUAAAAAAUAUUCUUUAAAGAAAAUUGGAAAUUCUUUAAAGUGUUUAUUGGCUUUUCUGAUCCAUUUUUGUUUGGACCAAAAACCAGUAUUGUACAAAGUAUUAAGUAUAUAUUUUUAUAUUUACACAAAUGGACUGUGGUGACUUUGGAUAAUAAGUAAGUUUAAUAUUAAAGCCAUGUUUAUUACAGUAUAAUUAACAUGUUUAAACCAUGGAUAAAUGCCAUCAAUAAAAAUGAUAAAACAUG